AUGGCCGAAGAAAACCAGCAUCUGAAGAACAACGUGAAGAAAAUUGGUCAGAGGAACGAUGCCCUUUGUGAGAGGAUGAGGGAACUGUCUGGGCAGUCGCCAGACGCAAACUGCCUGCUUGAGGGGCUCGAGAAACUCCUACAACAGAAGGAGAAAGACGUGCAGCUAAAGAUGGCAGAAGCGGCGCGGAUAGCGAGGCUCAUCCAGGAACAAAAAGACUCAACUGAAAAGUGGGAAUCCGACUGGAAAGACCUGGGGCUGAGGUUCCAGCGCCUGCAGAAGGACUUGGAGGACCUCUUGGAAGGAAAAGUGUGGACUCCAGUGUGA